AUGGCCGACCUUUCAACGCCGAAGAAGACCAAGAUGGAUCUUGCUUGGGAAUCCAUCACCUCCUCGAAGAAGGAGCCCAGAAAGAAGAUGCCAGUGAACAUUCCUCAGCAGGUGAGGAAGGCCCUGACGGACAACUUCAAAGGCAUGUCCUCAUCCGAGCUGGACGGAGUACUGCGUAAUGGACAGACGUUGCGUCAGCGGCUCGAAGCGGACAAGCUCAAAGCCCAGGCUGACCCAUCUUCCAUCCAGUUCGGCAAGACAUACUAUGCCGAAUUGCGGCGGCUCUACAGCAGCAAUGAGAGACCGGAGAACCUUCUCGAAGCCGACAAGUCUCUAGUGGUGCGUGAAGAGCUUCUGCUGGCAGCCACAAAGGCUCUUAAGCACCCUCCACAGCGUGCUGAGAUGAUGCAGCUUCUCAGCCGAAUCACGGGCCUCAACCAGGCAGAGACAGUGGGAGUCUUCAGAUGGCUGCUGCAGCUGAAUCCAGCCUGCAGCCAAGAGCAACUUCAGUGCUCCAAAGCAGUUCUCCAGUGCAUAGCCCGACUGGACUUGGCAACGAAGUUCCCGACAGAAGUGGGUAUUAUGAGAUCCAAGAUGGAUGAGGUCCUGGUUCAGGCCUACAUCUCCGUGGCCGGUGCGAAGCAAGGUCCAUCGGAAUGGCUGCACACCAACCAGGCUGUGUGGCCACUGGUGCUCCCUGUGAAUGCAGUCAAGAACGUCUUGGAUCUGCCUGACGAGGAACCAUGGAGCAAGGUGUCUGCUGAUUUGAAUGUGAUUCUGGACAGCUCGUUGUUGGGCAGGCGAUUGUUUGGAUUCGCUGCAAAAGAGGUCGCUUUCCAGCAGGCUGAGGGCAUUGUGUCGCAGUACGUGGAGAAGCUGCUGCACAGUGGUAGCGUGGAUGAGGCGGCAGUUGCAAGGAUUCGCCAAGCCGCUGUGGAUGCUUUAAGCGCCAUGCCCAACUCAGGUCAUCUUUCGCAGAAGCGGGAAGUGAAGCUGAAAUACCGUGAUUGGUGGAUCAUCGGCAGGGUUUCGUGUCCAGCUGAGCACGUUGAUUUCGGGAUCCAAGCUGGACUUCGUGGAUACGCAGCGGCUUCAGGUCAUCUACCUGCUCUUCCAGCAGAGGAGCAUCUCUGCAAAGAGCCGGCGGGUGCAUCUAAGGGCAGAGUGGCACCGUGCUUCCUUCGAGACGCGACUGCAGCCCGAAAGUUUGCCUUGUCCAUGGUGAAUGCCGAGGAGUGCGGCAAUGGUGAGGCCGUGAAGGACAUGUGUUACUGCCCUUGA